UUUUAUUGUUCCACCGCCCAGACCUAAACCUCUCUAGAGUCUCGGCUUUUCCCUCAGUCCCGCUGCUUACCCUAUUUUCUGCUGUUACUGUUUCUUGGAGGAGCAACCAAUUAUGGCGGAUGUCGCCGUGAUGAGAGAGAUUGAGGCCACCGCCUCACGUCUUGGUGUAGAUCUCUCCGCCAUUGAUCUUGACUCCAUUCGCCUCCCUCCUGAUGACGACCUCGGCAUCCAAAGUGAUGAUGAAGAUGUUUACCAAGAGGAAAAUCUGGAGUUUGAUACUGGGUUUGGGAACAUUAUAGUGGUGGACAAUCUACCUGUUGUUCCAAGGGAGAAGUUUGAGAAGCUUGAAGGUGUAAUCAGAAAAAUCUAUAGCCAGAUUGGUCUCAUCAAGGAGGAUGGACUCUGGAUGCCCGUUGAUCCACAAACUGAAAAAACUCUGGGUUAUUGCUUCAUUGAGUAUAACACACCUCAGGAAGCUGAGCUUGCUAAAGAGAAGACUCAUGGAUAUAAGUUGGAUCGAGCACACAUAUUUUCUGUGAAUAUGUUUGAUGACUUUGAUAGAUUCAUGAAAGUUCCAGAUGAGUGGGCUCCACCUGAAACUAGUCCAUACACUCCUGGGGAAAAUCUUCAACAUUGGCUGACUGACUCAAAAGCCCGAGACCAGUUUGUGAUUCGUGCUGGUUCAGAUACUGAGGUGUUGUGGAAUGAUGCAAGACAUUUGAAACCGGAUCCAGUUUAUAAGCGUGCAUUCUGGACUGAGAGUUUUGUUCAAUGGUCCCCAAUGGGUACAUACCUAGCAACCAUACAUAGGCAAGGAGCAGCAGUUUGGGGAGGUGCCACAACAUUCAAUCGUCUCAUGCGAUAUGCUCAUCCCCAGGUUAAACUUAUUGAUUUUUCACCCGGUGAGAAGUAUUUGGUAACAUAUAGUAGCCAUGAGCCAAGCAAUCCUCGAGAUGCAAAUAGGGUUGUGAUAAAUAUAUUUGAUGUGAGAACUGGAAAAGUCAUGAGAGAUUUUAAGGGAAGUGCUGAUGAUUUUGCCAUUGGAGGUGCUGGAGGUGUUGCAGGAGUGUCAUGGCCCAUUUUCAGAUGGGGUGGAGGAAAGGACGACAAGUACUUUGCAAGACUAGGGAAAAAUAUGAUCUCUGUGUACGAGACAGAUACAUUCUCUCUUGUGGACAAGAAAUCGUUGAAGGUUGAAAGUGUGAUGGAUUUCAGCUGGUCACCAACUGAUCCCAUCCUUGCACUUUUUGUUCCUGAAUUGGGUGGUGGUAACCAGCCAGCUAGGGUGAGUCUGGUUCAGAUCCCCAGUAAAGAGGAACUCAGGCAGAAGAAUCUUUUCAGUGUCAGUGAUUGCAAGAUGUAUUGGCAAAGCAAUGGAGAGUAUCUAGCUGUUAAGGUUGAUCGUUACACAAAAACCAAGAAAAGCACUUACACAGGCUUUGAGCUUUUCCGCAUAAAAGAGCGAGAUAUACCCAUUGAAGUGUUGGAGCUUGAAAAUAAGAAUGAUAAGAUUAUUGCAUUUGCCUGGGAGCCAAAGGGCCAUAGGUUCGCUGUUAUUCACGGUGAUCACCCAAGGCCUGACAUCAGUUUUUACUCAAUGAGGACUGCUCAAAAUACAGGUCGUGUUUCAAAGCUUACUACUCUCAAGGGAAAGCAAGCUAAUGCCCUUUUCUGGUCACCUGCUGGUCGAUUCAUAAUACUUGCUGGAUUGAAAGGUCUGAAUGGACAGCUUGAAUUUUAUAAUGUGGAUGAACUGGAAACCAUGGCAACUGCUGAGCAUUUUAUGGCAACAGACAUUGAAUGGGAUCCUACUGGGAGGUAUGUUGCAACCUCUGUAACUUCAGUUCAUGAAAUGGAAAAUGGGUUCAAUAUAUGGUCUUUCCAUGGGAAACUUCUUUAUCGUAUUCUGAAGGAUCAUUUCUUCCAGUACUUGUGGAGGCCAAGGCCACCAACUCUGCUGAGCCCAGAGAAAGAGGAGGAGAUUGCUAAGAACCUGAAGAAGUACAGCAAGAAGUACGAGGCGGAGGACCAAGACGUGUCCAUGCUGUUGAGUGAACAAGAAAGAGAGAAGAGGAAGGCCUUGAAAGAUGAAUGGGAGAGAUGGGUAAAUGAGUGGAAGAAGCAGCACGAGCAAGAGAAGUUGGAGAGACAGAGGCUCCGGGACGGAGAAGCAAGUGACGAAGAGGAGGAGUAUGAGGCAAAGGAAGUUGAAAUCGAAGAAGUUAUUGAUGUCAAGGAGGAGGUUGUUCCUUUGGAUCAUGAGUGAUUCAUUCUUUGAAAUAUAUGUAUGUAACUCCCCGUCAUAGUUGCUGCUUGGUUUCUUUCUUGAGAAAGGAAGGAGAGGAAAAAUUUUCCCUGUUUUGAUGGAUCAAGAGUAGAAUAAUUUGAUACUGUUUAGUGUAUUUUCUUUUUUGGUCUGGAUAUUGUUUAGUGUAUUAACUCAUGGUGAGGAGCUUCACAGACUUUUUGAUCAUCAAAAUUCAAUAGGCGACGUAGGCCCUUGUUUUCA